AUGUGGGAAGCCUGGGCACAACCAGACUUUGAUACUGGUACUGGUACCCUCUCAAAGAACAGAGAAAGACAGCUCUUUAAACUCCGAAGCUACAGAUGCCCAAGUGAAUAUCUGACACAAAGAAACUCAAAAGUGAACCCUAUCCCAUAUGCACUCCAUCAGCUAACUGUCAGUGUUGACUUCUAUGUUUGUGAAAGCCUCAUUAUCGCUGGUGCUGCCAAUGCCACUGUUCUGACCUCCAGUCUUGUUCUUACUCAGAUUAUCACAACCUUGGCUGCUUAUGCUGGUGUCCCUGCACUGUCUACAGAUGAUAUUGGCUCAUCCGACACCAUCAAAGUCAACAACCAAGUCACUUUACACCGCAUCGAUGCUCACUAUACUUCUAGUGGUUUCUUCAUCGAGAAACAGGCUCUUUUGGAUUCUCUCUCUGCAUCACAUCAAGUGACGCAUGAGCUUCUUCGUCGCAUUUGGGAUCGUCUUGACACCUAUAGUGAGCUAUUGCUAUCACUUGCUGGGCACAUUCAGCCCACUAACCCUCCUCGUCCUCCUCGGGCUCGUAUUAUCUAA